AUGAAACAUAAAGACACACCGUUUGAUGACAUUACUCAACCAAUUAAAGUUGAAAAUAAAAUACUUCAAACAGAUAUCUUGCAAUCAUCAAAAACUAUUCCAAGUCCCAAAAAAUAUAUUAUUCAUAACUGUAAUCAUUCUUGUGUAGAAUGGGCUGAAUAUGAUCAGAAUAAAACAAAAAAAAUUAAUAUGUUGGCAAUACCAUUACAUUUUGGUUUUAAUAGACAUACAACAAAUGGCAAUGGUAUUACAAAUUCAAUUACAUAUUAUGAGACUCCUUGUGGCAUUUUUAUUAAAACGAUGACAAAUAUGAUGCAUUAUCUGACAAUAACCAGAAGCAAAAUGACAAUCGACCAAUUUGAUUUCAAUAGCUGUGUGAAUCCAUUAGCCCAAUUUAAUGUUUCAAGACCCGUCAAUUUUUUGGACGAUAUAUCUGAAGGCCUAGAAUUUAGACCAAUAACAUGUGUAAAUAGUAUUAACAAAGAACUACCACAAAAAAUUAAGUAUAUGGUUAGUAGACAAGCAGCGACCGGAGUCAACAUAAAUGUGGAAACUAAUUUCUUAUGUGGAUGCGAUUGUACAGACAACUGUGAAGACAAAUCAAAAUGUGCUUGUUGGCAGAGUACAAUAAACGGACAAAGUAAUAUGCCAGAACUUGAGAAAAAUCCGAAUACAGGUUAUAACUAUCGACGAUUGUAUACAAAUGUACCAACUGGUAUUUAUGAGUGCAAUAAGACGUGUAAAUGUCACAGUUCUUGUUUAAAUCGUGUUGUGCAACAGCCCAUGUCUCAUAAUUUACAAUUGUUUAAGACAGAGAAAAAGGGUUGGGGUGUACGUUGCUUAAAUGAUAUAACACGAGGAACAUUUAUAUGUUGUUAUAUUGGGGACAUACUAACUGAGACUAAUGCCACAGAACAAGGUAAACAAAAUGGUGAUGAAUACUUGGCUGAUUUAGAUUUUAUUGAAGUAGUCGAAAAAUGUAAAGAAGAUUAUGAAGAAAAUGCUUUUUCAAGUCAACAGAUAAAAAGACCUCGAAAACUGUCAAAAAAAACUAUGAUAUUGUUAAAUAAACUUACCACACAAAAAUCAUCUCAAGGUCAUAUUCAAACAAUAUGUAAUGAUAAGAAUUUAGCCUUGAACAAUACAUUUCAAUUUUUGGAAUUCAGAAACCUCGAACACAAGUACUUAACCUCUAACAGACGCUAUUAUGGACCUCAAAAAUCAGUACGUUACUAUUAUGGUAAUGGCGAUGGAGUGUAUACCAUAAAUGCAAAAACUAGUGGCAACAUUGGACGAUAUUUCAAUCACUCAUGCACUCCAAAUUUAUUUGUGCAAAAUGUGUUUGUGGACACACAAGAUUUACGUUUUCCGUGGGUAUCGUUCUUUUCGGAACAUUACAUACCAGCUGGAACUGAACUUACGUGGGAUUACGGUUACGAGGUAGGAAGCAUUUCAGGAAAAGUGAUGACUUGUUAUUGUGAUUCAGCUAAAUGUAAACGAAGACUUCUCUAA